AUGUUUCGCGUUAUAGUCAGCCACGCCAAGAAGCACCCCAGCUUGAUCCCUCUAUUUGUGAUCAUUGGAUCUGGAGGUAUUGGCGCAGGCCUGUAUCUCAUGCGUUUGGCAGUGUUCAACCCGGAUGUCUGCUGGGACAAGAAAAAUAAUCCAGAACCUUGGAACAAACUGUCUCCCAGUGACCAGUACAAG